AUGGCCGUCACUGUCGAGGUGGUGGCAGUCAGCGGCAAAAUUCUGUUCGCUGGCUCGUUGCCGGGAUGCUUUACCGUGAGGGAGCUCAAAGCGAAGUUGGGACAAGUCGAGGAGCAGCGGCUGCUUCACGGGGCGCGGGCUCCGGAUGAUGCCGAGCUACUGCAAGAAUUGGCAUCCGAUGAGGCUCUUCGUCUGGUUUGUGUUCGAACUCUUCGGCGUCUAGCUGUCAGCGGCGGAAGUGACCGAGGGCUCCGCCUUUGGGAUUUGGACCGUGGUCAGGCUGAUUGCGACUUGGUGGGGCACACGUCCGCUAUCCUGUGCAUAUCGGUGCAUUGGCCUUCGCAGAGGGCACUCACUGGCAGCAGGGACCGCUCCGUACAGCUGUGGCGAUUGUCUGGCGAGUGCUUGCUAGAGAUGCGCGGGCAUCUGGAUGCGGUCCAGUGCCUGUCGGCAGACUGGGAGACAAAUGUUGCUUUGUCGGCGAGCCUGGAUCAAACGCUCGUGUUUUGGGAUCUGGACACUGGCGAGAUCUUGCAGGAAUUGAUGGACCAUGCAAGCCCUGCUGUCAGCCUUGAUGUGGAUUGGGUCGGCCGACAGGCGCUGGCCGGUGCUAUGGACGGAUCCUUGCAGCUUUGGGACCUGCGAAGCACAGCUGCUGAACGCCGGAACAGCCACCAAGCAGAGCUGCGCUUCCUGCGAGCAAACUGGAACGACCUUCAAGCCGUGAGUGGAGAUCUCUCCGGCCGUGUCGUCUUGUGGGAUCUCGCUCCGCUUGAAGCUCUGCGGCUUUGUUCUCCCGAUGGCCCAGCCAUCACUUGCAUGUCGGUGAACCCUGACAUGCGGGAGGUCGCAGCUGGGGGCGUUGAUGGGACCCUGUACCUCUGGAGCUGCGGAGAGGCUCGGAAGCGCAAAGCGAUCCAAGCACAUAGCUCUGCCGUUUUCGUACUGGAAGUCGACUGGGCUGGGCAGAGUGCCUUGACAUCCGGUGACGAUGGCAGGCUGUGUUUUUGGAAUUUGGUUCUGGGGAGCUGCCUUCGUGUCCUCUGUGGGCAUUUAGACGCAGUGAGCUGCCUUGUAGUGAACUGGCCGUCGGCCGUGGCCAUUAGCGCUGCUGCAGAUUGCACCCUGCGACUUUGGGAUGUCGGGAGAGGCCUCUGUCUUCGCUGCCUCCCAAACCACAGAAUUACGGCUCUGGAGGUGGAUUGGGAACAGCAGCGAGUCCUUGCUGUAGGGGCAGACCCGGUGGUUCGACUUCGCGAUGUCUUCCGCCGCGGGGUUUGCGUCAAGGAGUUGCCAGAGUAUGACCGGACCGUCUUCUGCGUGGCAGUUGAUUGGGCUUCCAUGCAUGCGUUGACUGGUGGUGAUGAUUGUCAACUGAUCCUAUGGGAUCUUUGUUCAUCAGAGGUGCUGCGAAGAUUUCAAGGACAUCAUGAUGCAGUUUGCUGUGUCGAAGGCGAUUGGAAUGGCCGACGCUGCCUCAGCGGAAGCUGCGAUAGCAGCCUGUUGCUUUGGAAUCUGGAUACGGCAGAGGUACUACUACAAUUGGCAGGUCAUGAUGGCGGUGCACGCUGCAUCGGCGUGGCAUGGUCAGCACGGCAGGCGCUGACUGGUGGUGAGGACUGUGCUCUGCGGUUGUGGGAUUUGUCAACGGCUGCCAACGUUGCAGUGCUCGAAGGUCACACUGCUGCUGUUCGCGGCGUGGACCUGAUGUGGCAGACACAGCAAGCUGCCAGUGCCAGCAAGGAUGCCACCGUGCGGAUGUGGUGCUUGAGCCACGGCUUCUGCACACAGGUGCUGCCACACGACGUGACUGUCAGGUGUUUGGAAGUGGAUUGGUCUUCCAGCCAACUGCUCAGUGGCAGCUCUGACGGGCUGGUGCGCCUCUGGCAUUGGAGCUCAGAGGACGUGCAAGAGUUCGAAGGUCACACAGGAGGUGUGACGUGUUUGAGUGUCGACUGGUCGUCCGGCCUGGCAAUUACCGGAAGUGCGGACAACUCGUUGCGAAUUUGGGAUUUGAAGGCGGAGGACGAUGCUUCAGACUCCACCUUGUUCCAAGCUGGCGAGGUGCUUUGCGUUGCGAUGGGCUACGGGCCUGUGUGUCUCCAAGGCAAGUCAUCAGCAGACUGGCAUCAGGCUGCUACAGUACGUUGA